AUGCCUGAACUCCGAUCACUAGCUGGAGUUCAGACUAGAUGUCACGGCCUGAAGACGACCCUGUUACGAGUGUUUGUCACAGUUAACCCGAAUCACCAAGACAACGGGAUUCCCACACUUCUAGGAAACUUGUCCGCCAUGCCGCCCACCACCCAUGCGUGGACGCUGGUCGUGGCCGCAGUGAUCGGCGUGGGCGUGACACCCGUGAGAGGAGGCGUGGCUCACGACCUACGUUACUCGAGGGCGCAGCUGCAUCUCGCGGACGGAGGGAACCAGGCAUGGGUCGAGGCGACUAAGGAUGGCACAGACGGCAUAGAGUACUCAAGAUGGCCAAGCCACCCGACGGACGAGACUCUUGGGGGGGAGCCCUCCUUCCGACGCCAUGUGUACCGCACCCACGUCGUGGUCGGCGACGGAGACCCCGCCGUGCAGGAGGCAGAGCGGCGCCACUACUCUGCCGGAGGAACUCGCUACCAGACCUCACACCAAUGGCAGUUUUCGUCGGACGAGACACAACACCCAGAAGACAUGACGGGCAGCACCUCAGCGAGUGACCACGCAAGGGUUUUCACACGAGUGGUGGGACGGACGAAUCUGAGGAUGCAGUCUGACGAUGGCGAGACCUCUGACCAGGAGGGAAUCCCAAGAGAAAGACCCAGGUUCCGACGGCCUCACCCAGGAAGGAAUCGAACUCGGCUGAGGAUAAGCGGGCGGCGGAGAGAGCCGGGGCUGUCGCUGGGUGCAGAUGGCGAGGCUGACCACCAAUUCAUGCGCUCUAUUGAGAGUAUUGUGUUCCUAGACACAGUCCUUUCACUGUCUCUUGAGAAAGAAGCUACCGAGGACAUUCACGUAGAGUCCGAAACACACCAAGAAGGCGAGACUGAUCUACACACUACACACCAUCGGAGUUUUAGCUCGAGUGAUCUUCCGCAUGUUGAUCCAGAAGGUCUAUCUGAUGAAGAAAUCCACAGAGGAGGAAUAGGCAGGACUAUAAUUAGAACUUCAGUACACCACGGUAGCAGCUCCUCUCUCCAAACAGAUGUAGAUGAAACACGGAGAGAACAUUCCACUGACGGGGGAUCAGAAUACCAUGUAGAGUAUUCCAGAACGGCGUCCCCGUAUGAGGUCGAUGGCACUGCCUACCAAGAGGCAGGAGCCAAUGCUUCUGAUCAGGGUGAUGCAGGAGGCCCUUAUGAAGAUGAAGAGGAUUAUGAAGAAGAGGAAGAUUAUGAUGACUAUGAAGACGAGGAAGAUUACGAAGAAGAAAAUUAUGCAGACGAGGAGGAAAAUUAUGCAAAUCAUGAAGAGGAGCGGCAGCAUCAGAGCGAAGGGCAUGAAGAAAAAUACAUAUAUACCGCUGACCACAAUGCAGAAGGACACUCUCAUUCCGAAAACCAACACGGAGACGUUACUCUUCACAAUAGCGUUGAUGAAAACCAAGAUGAGACAGAGCAUUCUGUUACCAGAGACCGCGCAGGUGCCAGAGGCCGCCCAGGUUUCAGAGGACGUCCUGGUUUUAGAGGGCGUGCCGGGGUCAAGCUGGAGGCAGAGGUCAAGCUGGUGGCAGAGGUCAAGCUGGUGGCAGAGGUCCCCCUGGCGGCAGAGGCCCGCCUGGUGACAGAGAUCAAGGAGGUGGCAGAGGUCGUUUCGGUGGCAGAUUCCGUCCUGGAGCCUUUAACCGCACUGGCAUGGCUGGUGGCAGAGGUCCAGGGGGUGAACGAGGCCGCUUCGGUGGCAGAUUCCGCCCUGGAGGAAGAGGUCGUCCUGGCGGCGUUAACCGCACUAUUGUCAUGGACCGUACAGGUGGCAGACGUCGUUUUGGUGGCAGAGGUCGGGGGGGCUUCAGAAACCACACAAGGGAACAAGGCGGGGCAGAAGAUGAAGAUUCCAUGGCCAGAGGAGAAGGCGAAGAGGAUUAUGACACACGAACUGACACUGAAGAGGACUAUGACACGAGAGACCAGUACGAUACAAGGGAAGAAGAAACAGAAGCUGAAACUAGGGAUCCAUAUGAAACAAGCGAUGCAUAUGACACAACAGAAUCAUAUGAUGCAGGAGGAGAACAUGACACCAGGGAUCCCCAUGACACUAGGCCAGAGCAUGAAACAAGUGAUCCGUAUGGCGAAACGGAUCCAUAUGGCACUAGAGACCCCUACGACACAAGAGAUCCAUAUGACACAAGAGAGGAACAUGAAACAAGGGAUCCUUAUGCCACCAGAGAUCCCUAUGACACAAGAGAUCCUUAUGAUACUCGGGAUGAACAUGAAACACGAGAUCCAUACGACACAAGAGAUCCUUAUGACACAACGGAUGCAUAUGACACUGAAGAUGAAGAAACAGAGGAUCCCUACGACACAAGAGAUCCGUAUGACACAACGGAUUCAUAUGACACUGAAGAUGAAGAAACAGGGGAUCCAUACGACACAAGAGAUCCUUAUGACACAACGGAUGCAUAUGACACUGAAGAUGAAGAAACAGAGGAUCCAUACGACACAAAAGAUCCGUAUGACACAACGGAUUCAUAUGACACUGAAGAUGAAGAAACUAGGGAUCCAUACGACACAAGAGACCCUUAUGAUACAACGGAUUCAUAUGAAACUGAUGAUGAAGAAACAAGGGACACAUAUGAUUCGAGAGAUCCUUAUGACAGAAGGGAUCCGUAUGACACUAGAGAGGAAGAAAGGAAGGAUCCAUAUGACACAAGAGAUCCUUAUGACACAGGAGAUCCAUAUGACACAAGAGAGGAAAAAAGAAGGGAUCCUUAUGACACAAGAGAUCCCUAUGACACUAGAGAAGAAGAAAGGAGGGAUCCAUAUGACACAAGAGAGGAAGAAAGAAGGGAUCCAUAUGACACAAGAGAUCCUUAUGACACAAGAGAUCCAUAUGACACUAGAGAAAAAGAAAGAAGGGAUCCAUAUGACACAAGAGAUCCUUAUGACACAAGAGAUCCAUAUGUCACUAGAGAUCCUUAUGAAACAAGAGAUCCAUAUGACACUAGAGAGGAAGAAAGGAGGGAUCCAUAUGACACAAGAGAUCCUUAUGACACAGAAGAUCCAUAUGACACAAGAGAGGAAGAAAGAAGGGAUCCAUAUGACACAAGAGAUCCCUAUGACACAAGGGAUCCAUAUGACACCAGAGAGGAAGAAAGGAGGGAUCCUUAUGACACAAGAGAUUCUUAUGACACAAGGGAUCCAUAUGACACCAGAGAGGAAGAAAGGAGGGAUCCAUAUGACUCAAGAGAUCCCUAUGACACAAGGGAUCCAUAUGACACCAGAGAGGAAGAAAGGAGGGAUCCAUAUGACACAAGAGAUCCCUAUGACACUAGAGAGGAAGAAAGGAGGGAUCCAUAUGACACAAGAGAUCCCUAUGACACAAGGGAUCCAUAUGACACCAGAGAGGAAGAAAGGAGGGAUCCAUAUGACACAAGAGAUUCUUAUGACACAAGGGAUCCAUAUGACACCAGAGAGGAAGAAACAGAGGGAUCCAUAUGACACCAGAGAGGAAGAAAGGAGGGAUCCAUAUGACACCAGAGAGGAAGAAAGGAGGGAUCCAUAUGACACAAGAGAUUCUUAUGAUACAAGGGAUCCAUAUGACACCAGAGAGGAAGAAAGGAGGGAUCCAUAUGACACCAGAGAGGAAGAAAGGAGGGAUCCAUAUGACACAAGAGAUCCUUAUGCCACUAGGGAUCCAUAUGACACUAGAGAGGAAGAAAGGAGGGAUCCAUAUGACACAAGAGACCCUUAUGACACUCGGGAUCCUUAUGACACUAGAGAGGAAGAAACAAGAGAUCCAUAUGACACUCGAGAGGAACAUGAAACAAGGGAUCCCUAUGACACAAGAGAUCCAUACGACACAAGUGACCCACAUGACACGACGGAUCCAUACGACACGAGUGACCCAUAUGACGAGACCGAAACUAGGGAAGAAACAGCCCAUGAAACUGAAGGCACGACACAUGACACAGCCGAAACGCCUGACACGAGCGGCCAGGCUGGUGCCAGAGAGCGCGGCAGGGACGGCGACCGCGCUGACGGCAUGGGCUGGGGUCGCCGCCCUCUUGCUCCGGGCGCGGGCGGCGAAGGAGAGAAUAGGCCAACCCUGCCUCUGCUCCCCCCUCGCUGCUGUGGGAGCCAGGUACCCCUUGACCCUAGCAACGCUUUAGCCACGGGUGGAUUCACCAGGGUGUCUGCGGCCGGCUCGGUGCAGGUGAUCGACAUUCCCGGCAAGGACACGGACGCCUUCCCUCCCGCAGCCGUGAGGGACCUGCGCGUUAUAUCCGUCUCAGGAGACCGGAUCACGCUGUCUUGGACGGCGCCGGGAGAUGACCUGGAUGCUGGGAAAGUCUCGGGGUACAUCAUGCGCCUCAGUGACAACCGACGAGAUCUGAACGAGAGGAUGUUCGACUACGCCCCCAACGUCACGCUCAUGGAUGUCACUGACGUCCUGAAGGAAGCCAACGUUUUCCAAGACGCCGGGAAGGUGGUCAGCGUCCAACUCGCGAUCCAGAGCAGCGUCGAGAGACGUUCCAGAAGAAGCAACCAAUACUUCGUGGCCUUGAGAGCUGUUGACGACCACGGCAAUAAGAGCCCCGUGUCCAACGUGGCGAGGUUCCGGCUGCUCUCCCGGCGGGGUCCAGGGCGGCCGCUGCACCCCGUCCUCGCCACCCGGACCGAGGACCCUUCGGCGGCCGGGCAGCCGCGAGUUCCUUGGGGGCCGAGAGGCAGAGGUCGGGUCGGGAUGGUGAGGACCACGACUCCAGAGCCCGAGGAGGAGGCCACUAGCUCCCCGACGUAUGAGGAGGAAGAUCCGAAUGAAGCUGAGGCGCCGACGGAUCCCUGGCAAACCCAGCCCACCUACCCCAUGGAACCCACUGAACCCACUUACCCUUACCCAGUAGAACCCACCGAACCCACCGAACCUACUUAUCCCUACCCUAUGGAGCCCACCGAACCCACAUACCCUUACCCCCCAGAACCCACCGAACCCACAUACCCUUACCCCCCAGAACCCACCGAACCCACAGAACCGGAGCCUUUUGACACGGCAGAGCCCACAGAGCCCGGACUAGAAACCGAAACAACGACGGCUCCGGACGAGGAGGAGUCCAAGAAAGACCGCAAAAAGAAGAAGAAAGACCGAAAGAAAAAUAAGAAAAACAAAAACAAGAAGGGGCAAAAGAAGAAGAAGAAGGACCGCAAAAACCAGGAUCCGGAGGGCACUGACUCGCCGGACAGUGUUUCCAACGAGACGUAUACAUACAAGGCGGAGGGCUGCGAUAUGGACAUCACAGCGCCACCUGUUAUCAGUCUGUGUGACGCCCGCACCUCCGUCGCCACCGUCAUCGCCUACUUCGAGCAAAUCGACAACUUCACCCACAUGGAGGAGCUAUGGCAAGUCGUCGGCACGCUCGAGUACCUUGCCAAAGUGGGCGAGAUGGGUCAGGAUUACGUAGACGUGAAGUCGCCAUAAACAAAUCACUGUGUACUGUACAGAAUGAGACUCUACGUUGUAUGAAGAGUUUAUUUACUUUAUAUUUCAUUUCUUUCUAGUUUUUUUUUUUUUUUUUUUUUUUUUUUUGGUUGUCUUUAUCGCGAAAGCUCGUUUUUUAUACGAAAGCUAGAUUUGUUUACAUUUCAUUACAUUACAUUUAGAUUUUCAUGCGCUAUUUUUUUUUCUUAAAUUACAGUUCGAUUUUCUCCUUAUAUCGCAGCUAUGUUUGAGUUUGUAUCAUAUUACAGCUACACUUGUUUAUUUUUCUUCAGUUACAGCUAUAUUUCUUUGAUUUUCAUCUCUGUCUAUAUAGCAAAUGGUGUUCGAUAUGAUAUAGACGGGAGAGAAGUAAGCAUUAUAUAUACAGUAUCUGUCUUGAGUUGACAUCAACUUUUAAAAUCAAAAUAUACGUUUUAUAGUUAUCAUUACGUUUAGUGACAUUUCAUCGACUUCAACGGCGAAUCGCAAUUGCAAAAGUCACUAAUAAAAAUCGAAAAAUGAUUUAAGAAACAGAUAUUGUUAAAAAUAAUAAAGUCAUAAAAAGGU